CCUUGGGCAGAGCUAAUUUUCUAAUGCUUUGAUAAAUUAUUGUGUCAGAAAUGCUUAUGGAAAGUACAUAUUUUGGGGAAAUGUUGAGUAUCCUUCAAAACUUCCUUAGGACUUAGUGCUCUGGGAUGCUCUUCAUUAUCUGAAAUCGAAGUCAGAUUUAUGCCUCUGUGCCCAGAACCAAAUGGCUCAUCUAGCUAAUUAGUUCAGAAUGCAGCCUUGCCCACUGUAAAUGAAAAUAAUUCAAACUGUCUGUUUUGGUCUAAGCUUCUGUAGUUAGAUAAUGACCAGGGUACUAAGUGAAAUAAAGAGAAAUUUGAAAAUAAAGCUUGAAUCUAAAUUAUUCGUGGGUUUAUUAUGAUUGCAAUUAAAAUGUAAAGGGACUUUCACUGAGUGUUUUUUUGUGGCUGCUUUUGUCAGUUUCUCAGCCUGCUAAGUCAAGAUUAAAUCAGCAGGGUUUAGAUAAGCAUUAUGCUCCUCCAGUAAUAGGAAAUUGUGUGUGUGUGUGUGUGUGUUGUGUAUGUAUAUUCUUUUCCAAAUGAAUAGUUAGGAGCACUUUGGGACAUCUAAGGUACAGUUUUAUGUCUUCUUACAAUAGAUUUUUAUAUGAUCUAUAGUCCUAUAUUCAUGUUCAAUAUUGCCUUUCUAAAAGUAUAAAAAUAUGUAGAAUCAAAGGGUUCUUCCCUUGAUUCAAAGAUGGUCCAGUGUGCUCUGGUGAGAUGUGUCUCUGCUCUGGAUAGCAAUAAAGCCUCUGUCUUAGUGAUUGGUCUAAGAGAAGAGCACUAGGGAAAUGGCUUUCCCUUUCUCUGCAUCCCUAGAGUUUAGCAUAGAGCCUGGCAUUUAGUAAAUGCUUAUUGACUAAUGAGUAAAUUCAGUUUUAUUUCUUUUUAGAGAAUAGAGGUACAUAUUUGCAAUUACUGUGGUUCUUUGGACCAGCUCUGUGAUUCAUUGGUAAAGAUACUUUCCUUUGGAAACUUCAUGGAUUGGUUUUCAAAAUGUGGAUGGGGACACUUGGAGCUAUCUGUAUGGGGAUCCUGAGAAGUCAAAACAAUUGUCAAUAUAACAAUAAAUUGCUUUCAUCUCCAAUAUGUUAAAUAUUGGUCGAUAUAAUCCACAUAAACAAAAGCUCUUGGGGAAGAGGACGUCUUCGAUAAUUUUUCAAAGUAUGAGAGGGUCCCAAGACCAAGAAGUUUGAGAAUCCCUGAUAUGAGGGAACUCCUAGUGAAAAGAUAAUCUCAAACCAGAGUCAGACAGAGUUAACUAGUAUAGUCAGAUUUUAAAUAAUUUAGCUCAGGUUACAUAGCUUUCAGGAGUCAAAUUUGAAAUUUUGUCGUACUACUUCUCAUUAAUUUAAAGGAAAGGGAUUAGACCUAUGGACUUCUACUGGUGCGGGGAAUUCCCAGAGGAAGAAACUCCCAAUGCUGGUUGGCACUUAUGUAAUCAAGUACUAGACAAUUAUUUGGGGACAAUGAGAGAUUAAGUGUCUAGAUAUGAGGUAGAUUUGAACCUGGGUUUUUCUGCUUUCUUCCUCUAGCCAUAAUACCACAACUGCCUUUCAAUACCUAUUAUAUUUAAUAAGAAUCAUAAUCAAUUAAAUACACAUUCAAAUAUAUAUACAUUCACAAGGAAUAGUCUAUAGAAACAUGUAUAUGAAGACUUAUAAGACAACUAGAUAGUAAGGCAGCUAGGUGGAUAGAGAACUGAACUUGGAAUUAGGAAGACUGUUCUGGAGUUCAAAUCCAACCUCAGACACUUAUUAGCUGUGGGCAAGGUACUUCACUGUGGUUGCCUCUGUUCCUCAUCUGGAAAAUAAUCUGGAGAAGGAAAUGACACCAUUUGGUAAAGAUAGUAAUCUUUACCAAAACAAAACAACAACAACAACAACAACAAAAAAAAAACUUCUCAAAUGGAGUUCCAAAGAGAUGCAAAAUGAAUCGACAAUAAAAAUGAGUACUGUAUAAUACACAUGAAUAAAUAUGAACACAAAUAUUCCCACACACAGAUCCUGUCAAAGUUGAAGCUGUUGACUUUUGGCCCACUGAGUGAAUAAGUGACAGUUUUCACAUGAAUUCUCUAGGCAGGGCAGAGGUGGUUCAGAGCUGCUGACCAGGGUUGUCAGAAUUGCUGAGCUAUAGAGAAGCUAUUUUUAAAAAUCGAGAAAUCAGAAACUUCUGUAAAGGUGUUUUGUGCAUGUGCUUAAGGGUGUGACUGUCCAGUGGUAGAAGAGGCUUUGUUUGGGAAACUCUGGUCAUUUUAGUCAUUUAUUAGUCAUCGAUUUCCGGGAUUAUGAAGAGAACCAUGAGAUAUAAAAGUAAACUUUGACAUCGGUUCAGAGAUCAGGAGGAGGGAUUAAAAGCGAUCCUUUGUUACCGUUCAGAAAUUAUUUGCUUGUGAACUUCUGAGGAGCAGAACCCUGAAACUUAGGUUAUGGGCAGAUCCGAAAGCCAGAUGGAUAUAACUGAAAUCAGCAUCCCCAAGCCAAAGGCAAAGCGAUGGUCCGGUCUAGAGCUGACUCUUUCCGUCCUUGUGCUUCUGCUCACUAUCAUAGCGGUCACUAUGAUAGUUCUUUAUGCCACAUAUGAUGAUGGAAUUUGCAAGUCAGCAGAUUGCAUAAAAUCAGCUGCUCGACUGAUUGGGAACAUGGAUGGCACCGUCAACCCUUGUACAGACUUUUACAAAUAUGCCUGUGGAGGCUGGUUAAAGCGGAACGUCAUUCCAGAGACCAGCUCACGUUACAGUAACUUUGACAUUUUAAGAGAUGAGUUAGAAAUCGUUCUGAAAGAUGUUCUUCAACAGCAGAAGCCCGAAGAUAUCGUAGCAGUGCAAAAAGCCAAAACGUUGUACAGAUCCUGUUUAAAUGAAUCUGCAAUUGAUAGCCGAGGUGGUCAACCUUUGUUAGAUCUCUUACCGCAGAUCCAUGAAUGGCCAGUAGCAACAGACAACUGGGAAGCAACGUAUGGUUCUUCUUGGAGAGCUGAAAAAACCAUUGCAGAAUUGAACUCAAAAUUUGGGAAGAAAGUCCUGAUCAAUUUUUUUAUUGGCACAGAUGAUAAGAACUCCACAAAUCAUAUUAUGCAUAUUGAUCAGCCUCGACUUGGUCUACCAUCACGUGACUACUAUGAGUGCUCUGGCGUAUAUAAAGAGGCCUGCAUAGCAUACGUGAAUUUCAUGAUCUCUGUGGCUAAACUGAUCCGCAAGGAUAGAGGAUUGUCCAUCAAUGAAACCCAGAUUGCCUUGGAAAUGAAUCGAAUCAUGGCGCUGGAAAAAGAGAUUGCCAACGCUACAGCUAAACCUGAAGACCGGAAUGACCCAAUCCUCCUCUAUAAUAAAAUGACCCUAGGCCAGGUGCAAAACAACUUUACAUUAAUGAUCAAUGGAAAGCUAUUCAACUGGGCAAAUUACACAAAUGAAAUCAUGUCAACUGUGAACAUUACUGUUGCAAAUGAGGAAGCUGUGAUUGUGUAUGCUCCCGAAUAUUUAACCAAACUUAAGUUGAUUCUUACCAAAUAUUCUCCCAGAGAUCUUCAAAAUUUUAUGUCCUGGCGACUCAUUAUGGAUCUCGUAAGCAGCGUCAGCCGAACCUACAAGGAGUCAAGAAAUGCUUUCCGGAAGGCUCUUUAUGGCACAACAUCUGAAACAGCCCCUUGGCGACGUUGUGUUAAUUAUGUCAAUGGAAUCAUGGAUAAUGCUGUUGGACGACUUUAUGUAGGAGAAGCAUUUGCUGGCGACAGCAAACACAAGGUGGAAAAUCUCAUCUCACAGAUUCGAGAAGUUUUCAUUAAGACUUUAGAUGACCUCACCUGGAUGGAUGCUGAGACUAAGAAGAAAGCAGAAGAUAAGGCCCUGGCAAUUAAAGAAAGGAUCGGCUAUCCUGAUGAAAUUAUGAAUAAUGAUGAAAAAUUGAAUAAAGAAUACAGUGAGUUGAAUUUCAAAGAGAAUGAAUAUUUUGAGAAUAUCCUGAAAAACCUGGUCUUUGGCCAAAAUAAACUGCUAAAGAAGCUCCGAGAAAAGGUGGACAAGGAAGAGUGGAUAAGUGGGGCAGCUGUAGUCAAUGCUUUUUAUUCUUCAGGCAGAAACCAGAUUGUUUUCCCAGCUGGCAUCCUGCAGCCUCCCUUCUUCAGUGCAAACCAGCCCAACUCCUUGAAUUAUGGCGGCAUCGGCAUGGUUAUAGGACACGAAGUCACCCAUGGCUUUGAUGACAAUGGUAGAAACUUCAACAAGGAUGGGGAUCUCAUUGAUUGGUGGUCUCAGGAAUCUGCCAACAAUUUCAAAAACCUGUCUCAAUGUAUAGUAUACCAAUACGGAAACUUUUCGUGGGACCUAGCAGGUGGCCAGCAUCUCAAUGGAAUCAGCACUCUGGGAGAAAACAUUGCUGACAAUGGAGGUCUUGGGCAAGCAUACAGGGCUUAUCAGAAUUUUGUGAAAAAGAAUGGGAAAGAGAAGCUACUUCCUGGACUUGACCUCAACCACAACCAGUUGUUCUUCUUGAACUUUGCUCAGGUGUGGUGCGGGAUCUACAGGCCAGAAUAUGCCAUCAACUCUAUCAAAACUGAUGUUCACAGUCCAGGCAAUUUUAGGAUCAUAGGAACGUUGCAGAACUCCCCAGAAUUUUCAAAUGCCUUCCAAUGCCGCAAGAAUGAUUAUAUGAAUCCAGAAAAGAAAUGUCGGGUGUGGUGAUUCUGAAAAGAAGUAACAAAGGUGGAAGACAGCAGAAAUCUGGAACUUUGUACAGGAGGAAAAACACAAAAUCUGUGCACCAAACUCACUCCGAUUACAUGAGGGUGAAUAACUGAGAAGGGGGAAAUGCUUCAAGAUUUUAAUUUCAAAUUAAGGAAAGUGACUGCAGCCAAAAUUGUAUGUUAGUUGUUCCCAAAAGAAUGGAGGAGGAUCCAGGUUAAUAACCAUCAAAUCUAUCACGACUGUGGACAUAAUGCUUUACUCUGGAAUUAUGGCUUUCCGUUAAUGUCUGUUUCCCAUUUGGUCAACAGAAUGGAUAUUCUCUCUUGGGAACAGGGCUAAUCAUCUAUGAAUGUAGAUAAGUAUUUUUAAUCAAAGGGAGGAAGAAAAUGUCAAAGAAUAUGGCAGGAUAACAGCUGUCUAAUAAGGACACAACAGGGAAAUAGGUCCUGCCAUCUCUUUAAAUAUAAAGUAUUGGAUUUUUAUUCCUGAUUCAGCAAUGCCCUCACUCAAACCUCUUCAAAGAAUUCUUCUGAGAGUGAGCAAUUGGGGCUUGAAGCAAUUUUUUAAAAAAAGUCAUUAUUCCUGUAAUCUUUUUUUUUUUUUAAAUUCCAAGGCCAUAAUCAUAUUUAAUUAAGAAAUGAAAUUGAAGGCUGAGAUAUUGAGAAUCCUCUUGUAAUUCCUCCCCCUCUCCCCCCCAAAAAUCUCUUAUUCUCUCUAGACUUGGUCUUUUUAAAAGAUUUGUAGUAAUGUAUAAAGCAUAAUUUUUAUAUUUAAUUAUUAACUAUAUGUAUGAAAAAGUAACUGCUAUAUCUAUAUAUACAUAUAGAGAGAAAUGGAUAUGAUCACUGAUCCACUACCGGGGAUUAGCAUUUCAGAUUGAGAUAUGAAAUUUUCUUUACAUUAAGGAAACAUCUGCAAACCAACAUCUGUAAAGUACUGUACAAAUUAAAAUUUGAGACUUUUUAAAAAAAAAAUUCAUAUUGGCAAAAAAGCUUUAAUCCAGAACCUUUGUAUAAGAUUCACUUUUGUUCAACUUUCCCAGAGGCCUGCCUGACCUAUUGUAGAAGCAAUCAGAAAUUUCCCAGAAUCAAUAAUAGAUUUCCUCUCAUCUGUACUGAAAUAAGUAAGCUGCUUCUCUGUGAUUCCUUGUGGUAAAGGAAUCCCACUCGGGCAUGUCUGCAGCUCAGCCAGAUCCCUUCUAAGCAUUGGCAAGGUAACAAGGUCAUGCUAUUAAGAUAGGAUCAAAAGAUUCCCUACUAUUAAUUCCAUAGAAUUGGGAGGCACUGAUGUUGCUGGGAGCAGCCUAGUGGAAGGGAAAGGGAGGAGGACAGGUUCUCCAUGAAAGUUGAUCAAGUCCACUGUCACUGGCUGAUUGAAUGGUCGUUCGUUCUGCAUUAUUAUAGCAUCAUAGAAUCUUAGCUUGAGGACUAAGGGUCAUGUCAUUCAAAUUGUUUAUUUUCCGGAAGAGAAAACCAGACUCGGAAAAGGGAAUGACCUGUCCAGUCCAUUCUAGUGAUUGUUAAGUCCAGGCUUUGAUCUUAGGACCUCCGACUCUAAAACCAGCAGACAUGAUGUCAUGACUAAUUAAAACCACUGCAGGCUGAUAAUUAGCACAGACAGCUAGUGACAGGAGUAGGAGGUUCUAGAGGGAGUAGCCUCCCCCUUCCACAUUUUCCCAUGGCCUGUAACUAUUUCAGAGAUUCUACGAUGAUGAAGAAAAUUUCCUGCAUAUGUCCCUGAUUCCAUGUCAUGUUGUUUCAUCUUUCAAUGUCACCUGAUUAUUUUUUUUUAUAAUAAAAAGAAAUUGUGAGACUGA